ACUGACUAGUCCACGACAUUUUCCACCAGUGGAGCUAAACGUACGGCUUAACAAUCAAACUCCCACCUCAUCCAGAGGUUUCUUGCAACAGGUUGAUUUCCAACGAGAAUCAACAAGUUCCAGGGCAGGACAGGGAGGUUGUCUUAACUCAGUUGAGUCGGGGAAAUCUGAGGGACUUCCUGAUUUGAGCUGGAAACCCAGGCUGAAGUUACGAUCAUGGCUUCAAGAACUCCGUGUCGGGAAAAGCCUGAUUUGGAAACUGUACACCACACUCGAGAACAAACAUGGAGGCUUUUCAUGUUGGAGUUUUGAGUUUCUGUGUGCUAAAUAUUAAAAAAACCUACUUGUAGCACAAAUUCAAAAUGAGUCAUGAGGAACAAAGUGAAGGGACAGGGCUGAGGGAUCUCUAUGAUAUACUAGCCAGUGUGCCACCGGAGCAAGUGCUGAGCCUGACAUUCCAGCUUGGGGAGUCUCCUGAAGAUAAUAUCAUACACGCCUUGUGUCUGAUUAUUCUCCGUAAAGAGGAGAAAGGCCUGGACAAACUCCACAUGCUGGGGCACAACGACCUUGCGAAGCAUCUGGCUGAAAUAUGGAAUAAGAGCGGGUGUAAAUUAGAAGACUUUGCAGAGCACUGUAGUAAAUCUCAGGAUUUAACGGGACAAUCUUUGGCAGCGUUGGCUCGUGUGUUUAAAAUUCUGUCCGAGCACAGACUGUGUGAUCAACUUUUAAGGAAUCUGGCUUACAAGAGGGCCCUUUCCAGCAACAGUCAAAAUCCAGACGUUGAUGCGGAUUUGUUCUAUGAUCAACUCAAAGAGGAAGCUAAAGAUGUGUGUGGGCCUCACCUUGCUGUGCAGCCGUGUUCCUCCAGUGACCUCAAAUCAGAUUUUUACAAUGAUACCCCUAACAGCCGGGUCGAAGGCGUUACAACACAGGUUCGAGGUCUUCCCAGUCCGCUGCAGUCAAGCUGCUCUGAGCCAUCAUAUCCCACACAUUUGGAGAUCAGCCUGCCCCCAACAAUCCCAUACGAGGGGGACAAAAUAACUCCAGAAGCAUUAGGAAACCCAGAACAAAGCCCUAUCGACAGCCUAAAUGACAGCACAUCUCUGGAGCAAUCUCACCUUUCAUCUGUGGAAUCACAGCCGACAUCCAGUGAAGCUCCUGAGCUGGAAGCGUCAAAGAUAGAUGCAGCAUCUGAAACAGAGCGUGGAAAGCAUCAGGAGGGGGAGUUCAACAAGAAAGAACCUUUUAACCAAAGCACCACACCUACAACAGGACCAAAACAUUCACUGCCAUUUGCGACAAACUCUGUUUUAUCCCAAAGAACAGCCUCACUCGGGGCCAAUUUGAGUAAAUGUGUAGAAGAAGAGGAUGAGGUCAUAUUUUAUCCAUUUGUCAUCCUACAUGCUCCAGAAGAUGCUGAAGUGGCAGAGAGCAUGAAGGAAAAACUGGAGAGCGUCCUCUGUAGUAAUGGUGCAACUUUCUCUGAGGACUUUGCAGUACCUGGAAAGAGCACCAUAAGGUGCAUAGAGGACGCCAUCAACAACUCGGCUUUUACUGUUCUGCUGCUCACCCGAAACUUCAACACACGUAUGUUGGAGCUGAAAACCAACUCGGCCCUGAUCAACUCCAUUAACAAGCAGCACAAGUACAACACCGUCAUACCUUUGGUGCCAAGGGAGAAUGGCAUGCCCAGGCACUGCAUGCCUUUAGUGCUGCAGACCGUUGUUCCACUGGAGGAGAAGAAAAGCUUCGAGAGCAAAAUAAAAAGGGCUUUCUCGCCUGCAAAAAUUCAACGGCAGAGGAGCAUUUGGUGGGAAGAGCAGAGAACACAUCAAAGGCAGCUGGCCCAGGGGUGUGAAGCAGCACAUAUGCUGGAAAAUCUCAACUUUGUGGGCUCGGUGGACUUUUCCAAUGCGCCAUCGGGCUUGCAGCAGCAUCCAAACAUUCAUAUUGAAAAUGCUAGCUAUGUUAUGAUCGGCAAUGACUCUCACAUGACCGUGGAUUACUGUGGAGUUCCAGAGAGAGAGAUUCAAUUGUCAGAGAAGAGAGGAAAAAAAUAGAUUGGCAUGGCAAAAUUUCCAGUUAAAACUAUAACAUCUGGAAAAGAUUAUCUGUUUUAUCAACACUAAAAGGUAACCUGUUUCAAAAGCUCUUGGGUAUAAUUACUAUCCCGUGAGUCACUGCAUUUCUAUAAAAGCAAAAUCAAUUAAACGGACUAGCAAGAGCCAGGAGUCCAAUGAACUGUCAUGCCAUACAAGGGACUAGAUUAAUUUUUAACGUAAGAGUGCUACCUACUGGCAAAAGUCUGCUUUACACUUGCUAUAUUACACUUCAGAAUCAGAAUCAUCUUUAUUUCCCAAGUAUGUCAAAAACGCACAAGGAAUUUGUCUCCGGUAGUUGGAGCCGCUCUAGUACGACAACAGACAGUCAAUUGACAGAAUACUUUUGAGACAUAAAGACAUUGAAAAAACAAAAAAAGUCACUGAUCAAUAAAAGGUUGCUAGUAAUCUGGUAAUGUGGGGGCCUUUUUUUUUUUAUUGUGCAAAAAGAUGCAGAGUCCUCUAGCAAUUAGAGCAGUUUGGAAUGACUAAUAGAACAAUAGUCUGGUGCAAUGACCAUUGUGCAAAGGGCACCGAGACUUCAAGAAAUGUUAUGUAGUUUAAAGUGACUAGUAGUGCGAUAAUCUGGGACAAUGUCAAUUGUGCAAAUGGUGCGGCUGCUACUCAAGCACAUGUGUGGCCAGUAUUGGUCAACAACAGAUAUGCAAAUAGUGCCGCGUGGCAAGACUACUACAGUGAGUGCACGAGUAAUGUAUAAUUGGCCAGACAGAAAUGUGACAACAAACUCAAGACAGAAAAUUGGCAGCAUGUUGCAAUGGAAUUGUAAAUUACCUGUUUAAGAAGUUAAUGGCAAGAGGGAAGAAGCUGUUGGAAUGUCUGCUUGUUGUAGUUUGCUUUGUUCGGUAGUGCCUACCUAAGGGAAGGAACUGGAAGAGGUGGUGACCAGGAUAUGGAGGGUCCAAGAGGAUUUUGCAUGCUUUUUUCUUAGAUUAGAUUAUAUGUCACUGUGAUUAGUAGCAAGGUCCAGUUUACAGUUCUGAGGUUGGGGAUUUGAAUCUCAACUCCGGUUUUUGUGCGUGGAGUUUUUGUGUUCUUUCCGUGUUUGGGUGCUUUUUCUCCGGGUACUCUGGCUUAUCACCACAUUCCAAAAGUGUCCAUGUUAGGUUAAUUAAGAAUUAUAUAUUGUCCAUAGGUGUGAGUGUGAAUGGUUGGCUAACUGGCAACUUUUCCAGUGUACCUGUCGCCAAAAGUCAGGUGGCAUAGGCUCCAGCUCACCUGUGACCAUAAUGAGGACAAUAUAGAAAAUAAAUGUAUGGAUCAAAGAAGUUCGUUUAUUAAGUGUUGGAAAAAAAACACAAGUACAUGAUCAAAAAUGUUUAUCUUGCAAUUAAAUUUUAUUUUUGAUAAAUGUAAAAUCACAACGUGAUGGUUUCCUUUCAUUUCAUCGACUGUCCCUAAUCAGUCAAUCCUCAUGUCAAUGUUGUACGAUGUCUGACACUUGGAACACACAGAGUGAAAAAUGGUGUCCAGAGCAGGACAAGGAGUUUUCUCCAGAGUCUCUUUGUGUGUGCAUUGCUUAUGUGGAAGCUUCUCCCCUUGAGUAUUCUCGUGUGUCAUCAGUGUUUUCUGUCAUGAGAAUCGGUACUCGCCCAGUCUGUGUUCUCAUGUGAACAAGCUCAAACUGAACAACGAGUACAAAUAUUUUUGUUUCUCCCUCAAGUGUGUUUUUUUAUAACCCCAAAGGUCCCAUGUGUCCUUGCAUGAGAGUAAGGUUUCCCUCCUUUGUGAGCACAUACACAACUCAAAAUAAAUUCAGAUUAUUUGGGCUUUGGGUGAAAUUUUCAGAUGACCCAAAAAUGCACUAUAACCCUUUCAGGUGAACUUAAUUUGACCUUUGCUAAACUUUUGAACGCACGUGUCCUGGAAUUUCACCCCACUGUACUGGAAAUGACACAUUUUACCAAGCUUGUCUCCCAUUUGGAAAAAUCGAACUAAACAUUAUUUUGCGUUUCUGUAGCAGAAAUAAUCAUACAGUAAUUACCUCUUGCGAAUAAUCCCUAUUUUCUCCCCACAAACAGGGACUAGGCAUAGCCUAUAGGUCAUAUCACAGUGAUAGCGCUGUUGUUGUAAUGUGGAAUUCCAGCCUAAGGGGUUUAAAUAUCUAAUUUGUUAAAUAUCUAUGAUCAGAAAUCCAAGUGUGUGGUCAACACUGAAAUGGACCAAGCAAAGCACUUCACAAUUGUGACGUGAAACGGAACCAGAGCCAAUUAGGAAGUGACCUGAAGCGCACACUGUUGCCGGACAUAAAUAGAAGAACAACUGGUUCUGUUGAGUGUUUUAUAAAGUGUAUUACAAGUCUAUCCAUCCAUUUUCGGUACCGCUUUAUCUUUAUCUAGGGUCACGGGCGUGCUGGAGCCUAUCCCAGCUAUCUUCGGGCGAGAGGCGUACACCCUGAACUGGUCGCCAGCCAAUCACAGGGCCCAUAUAAAAAACAACCAUUCGCGCACACAUUCACACCUAAGGGAAAUUCAGAGUCUUCCAUCAACCUACCAUACAUGUUUUUG